GCGGCCCGCCCGGCACUCCCGCGGCCCGGCGCUGAAGAUGGCGGAGGGCGGUGCGGCGCCCCCGUCCUGCGCUUCCUCCUCCUCCUCCUCCUUGAAGGGGCUGCGGGAGCAGAUGGUUGCUGCAGCCCAAGCCAUAGCAGAAGAAAGAAGAAGCCAAAGUGGCAUUAGCCCUCUUACAGUCCAGACCUCAAUAAAGACAGCAACUAAACCAGUGAUAGAUGGUUCCAUGCUAAGAACAGAAGAAAGGCAAAGACUGGCCAGGGAGCGUAGAGAAGAGCGGGAAAAGCAACAUGCUGCCAAAGAGACACAAAUCCUUGAAAAGGAGAGAAAAGCAAAACUCCAGUAUGAAAAACAGCUAGAAGAAAGGCAGAGAAAGCUAAAAGAAAUGAAGCAAAAAGAGGAGCAACGGAGGGCAGCAGUAGAAGAAAAGAGGAAACAAAAAAUAGAGGAGGAAAAGGAGCGCUAUGAAGCAGUUCUGCAUCGCACCUUGGAACGGAGUCAGCGGCUGGAAACGCGACAGAAGAGAUGGUCAUGGGGGGGCUCUGUAACUCCAGACUCAGAAGGCAAAACAGAACAACAGAGCACAGAUGAAGGUGGAACUGGUGCCAGCAAACGCUCGCCCUCCACAGCCAACCUCAAACAGGCAGAGGCUGCUGUGAGCAAAUGCCUGUCGUCCUCUGGAGCUCUUUCAAAUGCCUCAGAUCGAAGUACCACAAAGAGAAGUGCCUCAUUAAACAGACUGAAUAACAAAGUCCCUCCACAUUCCCCGCAGGCAGCACCCAAAGGUUCGCAGGUGGAACAGAAAGGAGGAACAGAAAAGAAGAGGAGCACAUCUUUGAGUAGAAUGAGUAGUAAACCCCAGUCCUCUCCAGAUCUAGAAAAAGUGAAAAAGGAAGAAAAACCAGCUCGUCGCUCCCAGCUCAGUCCCCUGGACAGUAGCGUAAUCAGCCGCCUCCUGGCCCCCACACAGGCCUCCCUAGCUAGGAGUAAAAGUGCUGCUACCUUGUCUGCUGAUGGACAGGACCCCUCAGCUUCAGCCAGUUCCAUCAAUUCCCCAGUCCCAGCUCCUAAAGUGCCGGUGCGCAGCCGCAGCAUCGACAGGUUGAAGUCCUCUGUGUCUUCAUCUGAUGCAAGUUCACCUGAUUCAACCCAGAAAUCAGAGACAGAAAAACCAUCCCCAGGUUCUGGUGUGAGGCGCCCUCCCUCACCAUCCGUGUCUGCCCGUAGAAGAUCCCCCUCUCCUGCUAAUUUGGUGAAGCGUCCUCCGUCUCCUUCUGCAGUGAGACAGAAGACUCGCCCACCUUCACCUGGUGUGUCAAAACAAAGGCCACCAUCUCCUACUCCAGUCUCUAAAUCAGCACCCAUCCAGCGUCCAUCUCUCACACCAGGUGUUAUAAACAUUACCAAAAAGAAAACUGAAGCAGAGAGCAAACCAAAGGAUAAGAGCACAGAAGGAAUAGGACAAGAACAAGGUGCUUCCCCAGCCUUGGAGAGGGAUGCAGGAGCAGCUAGCACAAAGACCAAAGAAGAAUCAGGUAGCAAAACAGUAGCAGGGACCACCACAGCUGAAGAAGCUGCUAAAAUCUUGACAGAGAAGCGACGUCUGGCACGGGAGCAAAGAGAGCGUGAAGACCAAGAAAGAAUUCAGAGACAAGAAGAAGAAAGAAUCAGAGAAGAAGAAAUGGCCGGGAGAGCAGCUGAGGAGAAAGCACGAAGGGAGGAGGAGCUCAGGAAGCAGGAGGAGGAAAAGAGACUGACUUACGAAGAGCAGCAAAGACAAGCUGAGGAGGAGAGGAUCCGCCGGGAGCAGGAAGAGCAGGAAAAACUGGCAGAGCUUCAACAGCAGAGAGAAGAAGCUGAAGCAAAAGCUCAAGAAGAGGCUGAAAGACAGCGACUGGAAAGAGAGAGGAUUAUGCAGCAAAAUAUGCAGGAAAGGCUUGAAAGAAAAAAGAGAAUUGAAGAAAUAAUGAAAAGAACACGAAAAUCGGAUCAGAACGAAUCCAAGUUGCAGAAUGAAGGGAAGUCUGCCUCAGAGGUGAUGGAGGGAGAGGAUAUUGAAGAGGAGGAAGAGUUGGGUCUUGAGAAGACUGAUCAGCCAGGAAAGUUAAAUGGUGUUGGCUUGCUCCAGGAAGUCAAGGGGGAGGCAGAGGAUUGUUUGGAGACUGCACAAAGCAUGAUCUCUGCAGAAUCUGAGGCUCAAGAUGAGUCAGAGUUGAAGGCCAGUGAAGUGUUCAUGAAUGGAAGUGACUUGAAAAGUGAUGAGGGGUCUGUUACUGACCUAAAGGAUUCCAGUCAUCCUGCGAAAGAAAUGGUUUUUGAUGACUCGGGGAAGUUGGGUGUUCAUGAAGCUGAUCAUACAAUUGGACUUAUUCAGAAUCUCAAUGGAAAAUCUGGUUCAUGGACUUUUGAGGAGUUCAUUGAUGUUGGAGUACAUUCCAAGUCAACCAAACUGAGCUCGGACAGCAUCUCUGCUGGUAACUGUAAUCAAAACUUGAAUGAUGCUGCUACAAUACCUUCUAGUCCCAAAUUGGCUUUUGAGGAAGAUGGUGCAGUGAAUUCAUUGACCAAACCUAUAGAUGCUUCAUCAGGUAAUCCAAGCUGACUUCCCUCUCUCUCUUCCCCUGGCUAGGCAAUUCACUUCCUUGCGUUUUGCUCUCCUUGCCUUAACUACAGCUUCUUAUUUUCAAGGCACUUUUUCCAAUGUGUAGACUGGAGGGAAGGCUCUUUAGUGCUUUUAACUUGAGUUCUGUCAAAAGGAGUCACCAACUGAUGCCUUUCUAGGGACUUGAUAAGGCCCAACAUUAAGGCUCUUCCAAAGACACAGCUGAGCCCUUGUGAAGUUACAGCAGUGAAGCUCCUAUGUUGUACUUUAAGGUUUUUCUAAGAUAUGUAAAUGGCACACGUUGCUUUUGAAGAUACAAAAUAAUUUGGAAGGUGUCUGAUGUAACUCUACUCUGUUCUGGUUUUGAUGCUGACCUGCAUGGUCUUACAAGGUCUCUUCAGACUCUUAGCAGUGUGUUAGCUGUCCUCUGUAUUUACUGUAGAACAGUCUUUCAUUUCACUGAGGCAAGUAACACCAACCUGAAAUUCCACAGAUGGUUGUGUUACAUUUUGGGAGGAGUAAUAAAGCUGUACACACACCAAACACUCUGAAUUUUCUGAAAGAGGCAGGACUGCAUCUCAAGCCACACAUUCUUGAGAAGCCAAGCCCUGAUGCAGUACAGUGCAUAGUGUGUCAGAGAAGCUUCAGGAAGCCAGUUCAUGUAAGACUGGACUUCUCUGGUGUUGGAGCCAAACCCCAAAGGGCUGUUUUCACAGGAGAUCUCUUUCUAUGGGAUAAAUGACUGUGUGAUCAGUUUAAGUGAAUGCUAGUGGAAAAACAAGCCUUGCUGUCCACAUUUCCUUCCAGUGAUGUGUAGCACUUUCUUUGAUUAAAGUGUAGCACUUUUCUAGACUGAACUGUUUCCCGAGUCUCCUCUGUCACUCUGCGUCUUGUGAAUUUUAAUUCCAUGGGCACACCCUGAUGGAGGCUUCCCUUGAGGCCACAGACUGGGCCAUGGGAAUAGACAAAUUUAUUGUGGUUCUGCUGAUCACUUUUUGUUGUGAUCAGACUCAUUAACUUUUAGUGAAGGAAGUGUGGCCUUUUAAUUUUGAACUUGAAAAUUUUUAGACAUAAUACAGUUUAAGAAUUCUGUACAUGACUUUGAAAACUAAUAUUCCUGUAAAAAGAAAGAAAACCUACCGUGCUGAUUUUGGACUGAGAGUGACCAAGUGGUUCUGUGCUCACUCCUGGAUGUAGACUGACAGUGAUGAUGGAUGCAUGUGGCAUACACACAGUUAUGAUGGUUAAAUGUUUUCUUCUCUUUGCUCUUUGGACAGAACUGUGAACACUAGAGACCUGGAAAUAAUCUGAUUGCACUUCAGUAAUCCAGUGUUUUCUCAAGUACCGAAGGCCUUGUUUUGAAAAGCUGCUUGUUUACCUUUAUCCAUCUUCAAGUUUGCAAAAAACACCAGGGGAGGGAUGACAAACUUAAUUUGCACCUUGAAACAUUUCAGGGAAACUGUUGUGCUAAUGUUCUUUUUUUCGUUCGUUUAGCUAAUUGUUAGGUAAGGUUUCCUAGUUCAAAUAUUCCUUGUUUCCCCUUUGCAGACUUUAUAGUAACCUGAUUGAGUCUUUUUCUUUUCUUUUUUCAUAUCAGUAUCAUGUAGAAUGUGCCCCUGGAGGCUCCCCACUUAGCUGCAGACUUUGCAUAUUUCUAAAAUGAUCUUGAUGAAUUAAAAGACUCACUCAGUUUAUGUUAAAGCUGAACUCCCUUUUUAAUGUCUAGAAAAAUGUUUUUGCUUGUUGGUUCAUGUGCUAUUUAAAAAUGCAAAAUUGAGUAUCUUCAGUUUCAAAUGGAGAAGAAAAAUUCCUUAUUAUCUAACGUGAAAAUAUUGGCAGUUUGAAAAUGCAAGUGUUGUACCAUCACUAAUAUGUUUUAAACUAUUGGCAAACAUCAAAACAUUUUUCAGCAUGUGCUCUAAUAUAUUACAAAAAUGUUAAGUCCCUAGAUUUGUCUGUCGGUGUAGUUUAAGGUGUCAGGCUUUUAAAAAUGUUUUCCUUUUGAAUUACUUAUUUAUCUACACGUAUGGAAGUAUUAUUUUAUUGUGUACAUAACAGUAUUAGACCAUUGAAGUCAUGUUUUGUUCUUGUUAAUUAUUCUGAGUGUUCCAGUUCCAGCUCUAUAACAGUGGCUGCAAGCUGCAUAUAUAUUUCCCUUCCCCUAAAGCCUGCAUUAAAUAAUCUAUUUAACCUGAACUUGCCUGCUUUUUUCAGCAUGAAGAGAUUAACGAAGCAUCUUCUGACAAUUGCUACUAAAAGUAAUAAUGCAGCCUUGUUCUGAUGUCUCCUGUACCAGAUAGACUGGAUAGGUGGUUACUUUAAAGAGUAGCUGUCUCAAAACCUGCUACACCCCAUUGGCUGAUCCCUCAAUUCCAGUGGUGCAUCAGCAGCAGCUGUGUUUGCAGUGGGUUUGCUGGAACUCCACCUCUUCUCUCCUGGACACCUCAGAUGCAACAGGAGCCCUCAGCCUUCUCCCUCUUGCUGUUCAGAAAUACUGUAGAACUGUUUUAGACUUUAGAGCAGUGCCUUAGGUAAAAGGAAAACUGUAUUUUUGUAUGAUAACUGUUUGUUCUGGCAGAGACAAUCAUUCUAACAAAGAUGCCGAUAUUUUUUCUGUGCUGAGAUUUGUUGGAUGAUCUGAUCCAGCCCUGUGUAAAUACGUGCGCACAGUUCAAUAAACUUUGCAGUUGAACAAUG